AUGUCAAACAUCAAAAAAAUCGAAAACCUAACUGAAAUUAAAAAAAUAUUAUGGAACGGUUCAAUCAAUUUAAAAAUCACUCAUAAAAGUUCAAAUGAAAAUAUAGAAUUUUUGAUUCAAGUAUAUAGAAACUCAUACUUACCUUUCAUAUACGAACAGAUCAUCACAUAUUUCAAGAAUUUCUUAAGUACAAACGAUGUCAAAGAUUUUAAUAAAAUUUGGUUAGAAUAUGAAAAUGUACCAUUAAAAUGGAAUUAUCCAAGUGGAGUUCUAUAUGACUACCUAUAUCUACCUGGUAACUUCAACAACCAACAACACAUAUGGAAUUUAGACCUUAAAUUCGAAACAGCAGACCAAAAAUAUCCGUCAGAUUAUAUAAUACCCACCAGAAGAUUUGAAUCAGAUAUCUGGGAGAAUAAUCUAAAUGAGAUACUAGUCAAUCAGCUAAAACAAUCAUGUUUUGUAAUUAAUGGAACUUCAAAACCUAUUAUGCAAUUAAGUGAGCAAAAUCUGAAGAAUUUAUGGAAAUCUAUCAAGUUUAGAAAUUUGAAUGAGUUUAGUUACGUGAAUAAAAAGAUUUUGAAGCAAGUUAAAAAUAUUCCAAUAAAGUUGAUUGUACCAAGUGAUGCUGGAAAUGUUAUACAAGUACCUGGAUCACCAUUGUUAACGCUAAAAGAAUUUUUGAAGAUGAACUGUUCUAAUUUAUAUGAUAUCUCCAUUCCGGUAAUUCAAGGAAUUGAUGUCACUAGCUUGUUGGAUUUGCAAUUAAUUGAAAUUUGGGAACUUUUUAAACAUCUAGAUAAUGUUCUUUACAUAACAAAUAUAAUAAAGUCCUAA